GAUCGUUUAUUUCAGCCAAGGAUUCAAUUGAACUGGAUAUCAGUUUUCUCCCAUUUCUUUGCAAACAGCAGAAUUAUAACCUUUUUUCCUUCAUGGCAAGCCAAGAUCCUAUACAAGAAGUAGAAGGAGACUAUCGAAAUAGCAAAACCUCGUUCGUCAAAGGAGUGAGGAUGCCUUCAGUCUAUGUCUACAAGACAGGAUUUGAGGAAUUCAUUGACAAGUUUCAAACCAGAAUCGACGAUGUUUUUAUCGUCGGUAUCCCACGAUCAGGUAAGAUGUAGAUCUAUAGGGGUACAAAUGACCAUUUGUUUAUGCGAUAGCUGUUAUACGGUCUUAUACGAUCAGUUAUUUUCCCAAGGAGUCGUAGUUACUAAAACAUGGAACGACCUAAAACCACCUAAAACCAUCUACAACAAUCUACAACCACCUACAACCACCUCAAAAAAUUCAACAACCACCUACAACCAUCUACAACCACCUCAGAAACAUCUACAACCACUCGUAAACACUCUAAAACCAUCCAAAACAAGGUAAAAAUGUCUGAAAUAAGGCGAGACGACACAUGUCACGUACAUGAAAUACGAGAAUCGGACAAAACAUCCACUUCCCGUUAAAAUCUUACUCUCCCUGGUCCCUUGUAUCAUCAACCAUUGGCUUAACACAAAACUAAGAAAUAAGAUUGCAUUAUAGAUUUUUUUAAUAACAUUUUUAACAAUGAUUACACCUACUAGUCCCCGUUUCCGUGUCGUGACGCAAGGGAGUUUAGCCUUGCGUGAUGACACAAUGAUGACACAGGAAACGGGUGUGAAAGACACUAGGGUUCAUCUAGCCUGCGUAGCAGGCGUCGAAAGGGGUAGGGGAUAGGGAAAAAGGGAAAAAAGGAAGCGGGGUAGGUUCAUCUAAAGGAGUCACCUGGAAUAUACAAACAUGUUUGGCGGAUGAUAAACAGAUGCUAAAAAAUUAACUUGUUCUUAGGAAUGUAAUCCGCCACCUCAGAACAAAACAGCAGUGAAGCAGACUCCGAGAGAGAGAGAGAAACCCUACCUUGUGCUAUUACGUAAACAAAUGAAAGGUGAACCAAAACGUCUCACUAAUACCCAGGGUAGAAAAAGCCAAAUCAAGUCAGUCUUUCGUCUACGAGUUUGUUAUUUUAUUUUAUUAUUUUUUGUGACUUGAUAGUUCAUUUUGUAAAGUUCUUUAAGUCUUUUAAUAUACUUAGCAUGAUCUCGCAUUUCAUUUCGUGACUUAAGCCAAUGGUUGAUGAUACAAGGGACCAGGGAGAGUAAGAUUUUGUAGGGGGAAGUGGAUGUUUUGUUCGAUUCUCGUAUUUCAUGUACGUGACAUGUUGUCGUCUCGCCUUAUUUCAGACAUUUAUACCUUGUUUUAGAUGGUUUUAGAUUGUUUGCGAGUGGUUGAAGAUGUUUUUGAGGUGGUUGUAGAUGGUUGUAGGUGGUUGUUGAAUUUUUUGAGGUGGUUGUGGGUGGUUGUAGAUGGUUUUAGGUGGUUUUAGGUGGUUUUAGGUCGUUCCACGUUUUAGUAACUACGCCCAACGAGUCCCAUAGCAACUUCUCUGGUAUACGACCGGCGUCUUUUCCCUUCCGCCCGUCGAAUACCAGGGAAAAGAGGCCUCUGUUAGCAGGGAAUAUAACGUAGGCGCUUCCGUUACUUAAUAAACAUAUUGUAAUAGAGUACUAAAGUGAUAACAUUAACCACAAGGGACUGCACAGGACCGCAAACGAAUAUGCCGCAGAACGUAGGAUCUAUAAAGACCUGAUCAGCAAAAAUAAUAAUGUAGACAUAUUAAAUUCUGCAAGGAGAAUACUGCAAUGCUGAUCGUACUACGUGAAAAUUAACUCUGCAAGACAUCAACACGACAUCGAAAGAACUCAAAACAGAGCGGGACAGUGUAGCCAUAGACAGCUGUUUCGCCCUCUUUGGGGCUCGUCAGUAUGGCGUAACAACCAGAGAUCAGGCUCUGAUGAAAAAUAUCCGCGCACUCUGAUUUUAGCCCUGACCCAGAACUCUUAACACCCACCCAGAAGACACGUGGUAUGGCGUGAUUCUGUGGGUGUUAAGAGUUCUAAAAUCAGAGUGCGCGGAUAUUUCUCCUUCUUUAGUUCUAACCGCCGAGGUCAAAUAUUCAUCUUGCAAAAUAGCGCUUAAAACAGCACGAGACGGCGAAAAAAACAUGACACAUGACUCAGUUAACAUUUUCUUUAAACUUUUAUUGAAAAAUUUGCUUUAAAUUCUCCAUUUUGGAACAAAUUAUAGCCACCGUAUUGUUCAUAUGUAUUUCUUCUAAAAAUAACAAAAGAACGUUGCUCAGAUUUCAAUCAACAACUGCCCCCACUAACAGGUCUGACUGUGAUCGUAGUAAUUUUACAUCCUUAGUGUAUUUUGCCGAUGGCACCGCCAGAUCCCAUGUACGCUACUUUGGGGGGUGGUCUAGAUUUAUAUUGAUACAAGUAUCGAUAGCCACAAAGGGUACGGAAAUCUGUCUUUGGGUCUCUGGAAGGGCCCAAAAGGGCUAACACGGCAGAUGAAUUUUAUAAAACAAAACUGAAUGCAAGGCUGGCACUACGACAAAGGGCUGAUUUAUUAUAUAGAGGAUAUUACACGGUGGCGAGAAGAUAUGAAUUUUAUGUUCGAGUGGCAAGAACAAUAUCUCACGAGUGAGCGAAGCGAACGAGUGAGAUAUUGUUUUUGCCACGAGAACAUAAAAUUCAUAUCUUCGAGUCAACGUGUAAUGUUCUUUUUAUUACAUGGAGAAACCAUUUCAACAAAAGCAAAAGGCAGGAAUCGAGACGUCAUUGAACGAUACGACACUCACAAAGGUGACAUACGGAAAAUACGCCACUCGGGUCCCGGAUGAAGUGGCGUAUGGAAUCUACGAGUGGUUUAGUUCCCAGUAAAACACUCUCCUCCAUAUAAAAGCCAAUAUUUAGGCUAACGGCUCCGAAAAGUUAAAUUUGAAAUUUACGUAAGUGGUUAAUUAUUAAGUACAAUUGUAAAUACUAGAUAGAAAGAUAAACAAUAAAAAUAGAAAAAGCUCAAUGUUUAUUCCUUCGGUUCGGACCGUCUGGUGACAGGGUUUUGCCUCUAUCUAUGAGGAAUGCUUCUCGUGCCUUACGGCGUGACAUGCUGAGAGUGGGUUGUAAUUCCAGCGGUUGAUUUAAGUGGGAAGGGACUGCGGCUGUGGCAUUUGCGUGGAGUGAAUUGUUUGUUGCCUGUCUAUGUUCUUUAAAGCGUUCAUAAAGUGUGCGUUUAGUCUCACCUAUAUAUUGUUUUUCACAUCUUUUACAUUGGAUCAUAUGUGUUAAGUUUGGUAUAUAAAAGGGUAAGGAGUUGGACCUCCGGGCGGAGCCUCCCCGUAUAAACAUUUGUAGAGUACAGUCCGGGGAACGAAUGUAGCCUGAGUAUCAGGCGUUUCUGUGGGGGAAAGGGGGAAGAGAAAAGCAACUCUUUUCCCCUAGCCCGUUAAAAAGGCCUGAUACUGAGGCUAUAACGAAUGCGAAUUAGGGCGUAAUUAGCAAUUUGACAAAGUGAACUAGACUGCCGUGACACAGCCCCUUUUUAAAAUAGAGAUGUUCCUUGAAUACUGGUUUGUUUUAUGGGAGGAAAUGUUUAGACCUACUGACGUGUUUGCUGGUUACAGAGGGGAGCGCUCAAGCGGGUUUGUUUACUGUAUUUCGCUGAUUUUUUUUAUGUUGAGUACAUCAUCUAUGGAGAUACCAGGCUCUGGAGAUCAUUCCCGUAUAUCCCCCACCCCGUCAAACGAGAAAUACAAAUCGACCCAGUCCCCAAUAUUACAUGGCUAUGGUUCGGGCCAUUACAAAAGUCUUGAAUGAAAUGAAGAUGUAAGGCUAUUCUUGCAGUUGGCUACGCGGUCACAGGAAGCCGUUUUGAAUUUGUUCUUUAUUUAGUUAGUUUCUCGUAGCCGGCUACGUAGAAUAUUGUCCUAGACUUUUAACUUCGUCGUUCUUUCGGCAGCUUCGCGGAUUAAAAAGCUCGCUCCGCUGGCUUAGGAACUCGAGAGAUCGACUUGUGGUCGUUCCGCUCAAUUAGAAACUUGGACGUGAGGUAGACUUGUGGCAAGUCUGAAUAUUAUUCAAGUAACAGGGUAUUCUGCAUUUAAGCCGUCCGUUCUUACAUUUCCCUUCAAAACACGGCGAGCCGUUUAUAUGAGCUCGGCUCCUAUCCCGGACAAACUUUUCUGCAUAUAAACACUUUGGCUCGCCCAGCAGGGUCUACUCGGUCAAGGCGAGACAAUCACAGGCUGAGACAAUCAGAUCAUGCGCGAGCGCUGUUGCCUCAUAUAAACGCUCGCUAUGAAAGUUGACUCAGCUGGAUAGGGCGACCCUCUUUCCUGGGACAACUUUGGCCUUAACCUUGCCUAGUCCCGAGACCUUAUUAUUGUGCGCGGCCGAUGCGUUUCGGGUCACGUUGUUCGAGAAAGUUUCCCAGAUAGCGUUGGAAGCCGAAGAAAUGGUCACCAUAUUGUUUGUUUUGGGGUAAAAACAAAGGCAUGCGCACUCUGAGGUUGUCUAGGCGUCUCAAUAGGCGUCUCCCGGCCGUUCGUCUCGGAUACGUCACCAAAAUGCAUUGACGGAGAAGGCCUGGAAAGACGCUGUACGGGGACUAGGCAAGCCUUAACCUACCUCUCGCCCAAUUAGCAUAAUUUUUUUCCUCCAUCAAAGCUCGUCAUGGGGCUUUCGGGUAAUAAUUAUUCCCGGGGGCAUGCCCUUAUUUGGCUUAAGCAGGGAUGUGCCGCGGAACAUGAUAUGGUUGUUGGCGUCUAUAGUUUUUAUCAGCGUAUAUAUAUACCAUUUAGCGUCUUCAACAGGGAGUCGUUCUGGACCUGAAGCCUUGAACCGCCAAACGUUCCAUAAGUGCUUCCCCCCCCUCCUCCGGUAAAAGCUACACAACAGAGUGCUUUUUGACUCUUUUUAUUGUUUCAUUUUCAGGAACUACGUGGCUUCAGGAAAUCACGUGGCAAAUCUACAAUGGCGGGAAAACCAGUAGUGAGCCAAUAGGACAUCGCGUACAAUUCUUUGAUGAAGCCAAAUAUCUUGGUACUACUCAGCCAGAUAUUACAACUCAACCAAGUCCCCGCCUUAUGAAGACUCAUCAGCCAUAUCAUACAAUACCUAAAGGAGCUAGUGAUGCCACAGCGUGCAAAUACAUCUACGUUGCUAGAAAUCCUAAAGAUGUCGUUGUCUCUUACUACAAAUUCGAAAGCAAGAUGGCGCCUCUUACUGGAUAUUCAGGACCAUUUGAAUUUUUUGCUAAGAUGUUUCUGGAGGGAAAAAGUAAGCUUAUUAAAACACGCUCCAUAGAAAAAGCCUUAAAUCAACAUCAAUUUAACCAUCCUACCGCCGUUUCAGACCAGUUCUCUCUUCCAGAUCAUUCCAUCAAGGACAUAGAACUCAUUUCGUUCGAACACAGGGACAGUAUUCAUAAGGCCCGCGAAGGAUUUUUAAUUUCUGUUGGCAAAAUACUUGAACCCUGUGGGAGGAACGGACGAGAUGAAACUUGAUCUAUUGAUAUAUAUUUUAAUAGUAACCUCUUUACACAAAAAUUCGUCUAUUGGGCGAGCGGUGUUUUGGGGAGGGGGAAAGGGCCACCAUUUUCUCUCCCUAGACUACCUCUCCUCUACCUCUCGAUUUUUUUUUCGCCCACGCCGAUUUUUUUCUUUUUUCCCCCAAUGCGGAACCUGGUCUCAAGCUAAGUUUUGUCCAGUCGAAAUAUUGGGCAAAUAGAUUUGUAUAUUGUAUAUAUUUGGGUAGUUUUCAAUGACUCUCAUUCAUGAUCAGGGUAAAUAAGCUUAUUGUAUUAAUUUUCAUUUCAGCGUUUUGGGGGUCUUGGCUGGAGCAUGUGCUCGGCUGGUGGGAACACAGAGAUGAUUCCAACGUUUUGUUCCUUAAGUAUGAAGACUUGAAAGAGGUGCGUGAUAAUGCGGGCCCCAGGGUGAUAAUAUUACAGAUGUAACUUUAUAACUAUUGCAGACUGUGAAGUGUAUAACAAUAAGGGAACUAAACUGAGAUAUUUAAAGCCUGCUUGAAAGGCCUGAACCAGGAUUUUUUUUUUUUUUGGGGGGGGGGGGAUGUAUCUUGAAUGUCAUGGAAAGAAAUAAUGGAGUUAAUCUUCGUUGCAUGAGUGGGCCUCUUCUCCUCUUCUUCUUCUUCUUCUUUUGUUUCUUUUUUCUAAAUCUACCGUGGUUAAAAUUUUAAAUAAAAUAAUCAUUCCUUUUUUUAUUUGUUUUGAUAGGAUCUGCUUUCCCAGGUGACGAUUAUCGCUGAUUUCCUGGGAAAGCCACUUAGUGAACAGGUUCUUAAACGCAUCGUUAAGCAAUGCUCCUUUGACGAAAUGGCCAAAAAUUCAGAAGCUUACUGGAUGAUGACUCAAGACAACAAAUUGCCAAACUUUCUCAGGAAAGGUCAGGUCGGAGGCUGGAAGGAACAUUUUACACCUGAGUUGUCUGCGAAAUUUGAAAGCGAGUUUCUAAGCAAACUAGAGGGUUCUGGACUCCAUUUUGCCUUUGAGUAAUGACCGUCACAAAUUCAAAAUAAGGUGAAAUAAGACAGAAGACUGGUUAAAUCAUCAUAGAGAUUCUUCAUUCGUCUAGUAUACUUCCGGAAAUCUGUUCUUUUUCAAAGACAGUAGUAAUAUAUAAGCCUGGGCAAACAGCUAUCUCUUCAGUUCGCUCCUCGCCGCUAGGGUAGUUCCAAGCGGCGAGGAGGGACGGCUUUUUUCGCUGGCUAUUUAACAAUGAGUGGAAUAAUUGUUUUAUUAUAAAAGGCCUACAAAAUAUCAAGAAUUCUUUCCGACUUUAUCUGUAAAAACAACCGAUUUUCAGCUUGUUUUUAAUUUUGAGCAGACUCGUUCAGAUACCAUAUUUGGAGAGCAUGGUAUAAUUAACAAUUAAUGAAUGUGGCUGAGUAUCUUAUGAAGAAUUAUGGAGAUCUCGGAG